CCUGUUCGGCUCAUUAGUUGUCGGGGAGCAGCGCCCUGAACAUCAGUUUUAGUUUCACAGUUUUAGUUUUUCCCAAAUUGAAUUUUUACUUUUUCCACCAAAUUCUGUUUUGGAAUUAAUAAGAAACGCUACACGAAAUUCCUGUGAGAUGUCCAAGGCCAAGGAUGAUGCCAAACAGACCAUAAUGACCUGCGACUUUGAAAUUAAGGGACAAAUCCCAAAGGAGGCGUUCGAGAUGUUCGCUGUGGCCCAGGCAAAGAUUUUGGGGUUGCGCGGCUACAUCACGCAGGUCUCUGAGGAUUGCUUCAAGGGUCAACUGCAGGGUGAGGGCCGUGUGAUCGAGGCCUUUAAGCAGCUGAUCCUGUCGGCCGCCGAAUACGUGGCUGCCGUCAAGGAGUUUGUUAUCAAGAACCUCAAGGCAAUCGAUGACUAUACCUACAAGGCCUUCGAGGUAAAGGCCAAGUAGGGCCGGGCAAACACCAAGCUUGAGAUCUGCGCCAAAGACUCCGAGUGACCAUCCAUCCAAUCAUCCAAUUGGGGCGCUGCUCUGUCGAGUUCGAGUUCUAUAUAUUUUUAUCCAUCAGUUACUAUCAGUUCUAUCAGUUCGUUGCAAGUUUAAGCAAUUUCUACACUAAGCCUGCAAUUUGGAAACACGUGAGAUCUGCCCUCUGGUUAUGCUGCGACCCUUCGUUCGAGUUAUAUAUUGUUUAACAAUUACUACACUUUACCUACGAUCCCUGGAAUGUCCCAGACCAUCACCACGGGCAGCCGCGCUUCUUGAAGUGGCGACGACUUCAAGAUUCGUGGCAAUACCCCGUGGAACCAGCCCAGAGUACACCCAACAGGAUGCUACGUAAAACAUCAAAACCUUAGAGAACGCCCAAGCCACGGAUUUUAUAUGUAGGGUGACUCAGAUCCGUGGCUAGAUCCGUGAGAAGUUUUGCGGCCUUCAACCAGCAAUCCAGCCGUGGAAUUUAAAGUCCAGUUAAGAUUCAUGCAAAGUAGCAUCUAGGAGGAGUAUCUCUCUCACCAGAGAUGGAAGACAGAAAUCGAAAAGCUAAAGGACGAGCCACGGAUCUUAUAGCAAAUGCUUUAAGAACCCUGGUAAAGACUCCAAAGGACCAUCCAGGAGUGUUUUAGGCCGAGUUAUAUAUUUUAAUACUUACUAUUUACUACGAUAUUGGAUCAUUGAAACCUGCCCUCUGGUGCUGCUGUGACCACAAGUUCAAGUUAUAUUUCUUUAACAAUUACUACGAUAUAUUCACGAUACCUGAGAUCUGAGAUGUCCAAACUUUAGACGAGCCAUGGAUCUUGAAGUGGGUGCUUUGAGAUCUCUGGUAAAGACUCUGAGGGGUCAUUGGGUGAGUUUUGGUUAUUAGACACAUGAAAACCCCUUUAUGGAGAGUUACUUUUUUCAGAGCGCUGCUCCAAACAUCAGUUUGAGUUCAACUUUUUACUAUGAGUACUACAAUUCUAUUUUGGAAAAUCUACACUGAAAAAUACCCAAGAUGUCGAGAGCUAAGGAGAACCAAGGCGACCAAGCCGCGGGAAGAUACUGGACAACUAACUGAACUUUGGUGUCAGAUACAAAAAUCUACGAGACACAGAGGAGACUAAGCGGCAGAUCUUGAAAUCUUUCAGAUCUGUGGCAAGAAACUUAAAGAGUUUUUGGCAAAGUACAAUCCAUCCAAAGAACAGGCCAUCCAGCACAACCAAAUACCAAAAUCAAAAAUCUACAGGCUACAACCGAGGCCCGUAUCUUGAAGAAUUUGUAUGCUCUAAGAUCUACAACUAAAUUCAAAGUAAAAAUACUGUGUGGUUCAUAAAUAAAAUCCUCAUAUAGUACAU